GUCAGUGUCAGUCGGUUAGGUGUGUGAUGUAGGGGAAGGACGUGUAUUUUACCAUUUCGUUAAUUUCGAUUUAUUUACAUAUUCUUGCAUUUUCAUUAAUUACUUAAUAAAGAAGCAUCACUGGUUCCGGGUUUUGUCGAAAUUUGUAAACUAUUGUUCUCUAUUUAGGCAGUUUUAGCUCAAUUUACGACAACAAUGACAGAGACCGUUACAAAUACAAACGAGAGGAAGUCUCUUUUUUCUUCUUUUUUAGAAGUUUUGGAGGCAAGAGAUACUCAAAUACAGUUAGAAAGACAGCUAGAGGAGGAAAAAUAUCAGAGACGAACUCAGAGAAUAUACGAUUUUCAUGAGCGGCAGCGGCGGGAGGCGGUGGAGCUGCAGCGCUGCCUGCAGUACGUUUCGCAGCACGCGCACGUGCUGGAGUCCGUGCUGCGGGGCGCAAGCGCGGGUGCGGGCGAGGGCGUGCCGCUGGCCGCUGCGUUGCUGCGCCAGGCAGCCGCGCUACAGCGCAGCAUGGCACAGUGCGUCGCCAACGCGGCGCGCAUCCGCCAGCUCCUCACUGCCGCACACCGCCCCCAGAUGGACACCAUGCUCGCCAAAAUGGAGGCGGAGCUGAGCGCGUGGACGGCGUUCCUGCAGCGCGCCAUGGACGCCGCCUACAACUCCGAGGUGGUCGUCGACAACCUGCACAACCUGAUCGCGGAGCAGCGGCGCUGCGUGCGCGAGGUGGCCGCCAGCCACGUGCUGGCGGCGCUGUGCGAGCCCGCACCCGCGCCUUCGCCCACGCCCACGCCCACGUCCGCGCCCACGCCCACGGUCGACUCGAGCACACCGCACGCCCCACGCACACCGCGCACGCCCACCUCACUGGAGCGGCGCGCGCCCUCCGCCGUCAGCACGCCCAUCCAACGCGACUAGCGGCGUCGCUGCCCGCUCUUCUGCCGGGCGAUAUUCUCCUAACCUCCUCCGCGCCCAAAGCGCCCACAGCGCCCACCUCGCCCAACUCGUCUGCCUCGCCCAAUGUGUUAUAACAACACUUUAUCUCGAAUUGAAAUAAAGAAUGACAUAGGGCGAGGUGAUGGAGUUUACCUCGAAUAUUAACCGCUUCAUUGAGCACAUUUUGAUGUUGUAUUUUUGUAAAGGUUGUUGUUGUUUGUUGCAAUAUUGUACUGGAGUGUAGUGAAGCGGCGCUCCCGCAGCGGACAACGACCUCACUGCCUUAUCGCAUGUGUUCAACUUUUAUACCUAUACGUCUUAUGUAUUAUAUAAGUGUUUAGUGCGGGGAACCGUGCGCUGUUCGCACCCCCCCCCCUCUCUGUCUGUGUCCGUGUCUGCGUGUCUGCCUGUCUGCGUGUCUGCGCGCUUUCUUGGGCGCGCCUCGCCUUCCUAUAGAUGUUCGUGUUUUACUUCCUCAAUCAGUAUUAGAAUUUUCAAUGUACAUUUUACUCUAUGAUUGUUUUAUAUUUCAACUUAGCCAUAGUUUGUAAAUCUUAAUAUAUAGGUAAUAUACAGUAAACAUCGCUUACGACCUUUACUAAAAUAUAAAUAUGAAAGACAUAAAAGUACGAUGCAAAUAACAAGCCGUUUGAAUUCUUGUUAAAAACGCAAAACCCCUAAUGUUUAUAAAGUGACCGAGCACUUUGUGGUACCGGCAACGCGAUAUUUUAUCACGAUCACGAUUACAAACGCGAGCUGGAAUGUUCGUGUGUUAAUGUGGAUGAAGCAUUAGCGGGAGUCUGAGUUACAUGUGAUACGAUCAUGUAAAGUGUCGACAGGCAUUCGAUGGUGGCCGCGAAGUCCUACGCUGUUCCAGAAGAAGAGCCGAGUGAGUCCAGCUCGACCGACCGACCGACCGACCGGAUGGCGGCGCGACCAUUCGCACUCCAAAACCUGAUCGCGUGCUAAUGUCGUCGGAUCGUAAACGGGGAAGCUCACUAUCUAUGGGCGUGCUAACAUUGAAGGUCAUAAGACGGCACAACAAACGGUUUGCCUCGAAUAGACGUGGCUCAAUAAGUUGGGGUGGAAUAAUAGCUCGAAUGCAGCGACACAUCGCCAUUGCUUCCUUCAAUCGGGUUAUCAAUUCUAAUUCGUUCAGUUUGUUUGUUCAGCACAAAUAUGUUCUAGACGUAGUGUUCCGGAACUGGUGCAUACCCGAGGGCGAGGGCGAGGGCGAGGUCAGCUCAGCAACGGUCGUUGUCGUCAAGUGGAAUACCUUCUGGGUGUGUCGCAUGUCCCGGUCUGCACCCCUUAUGAUCCCGAACACUUUGCACAAUCCCGCACUAGUUUCCCUACCGGGAUAUCAUUUCCGAUAUCAUUCCGGAUGUCGUAUGAAGCGAUCUUUACUGUAUGUUGAAAUGUCGAGUGCGUGGAAUUUAAUAAAGUUGCCAAAUUGUAUGUAGUGUGCGAGCUGCGGCCGUCUUUUACCUAAAAAUUUAAAUGUGUGGUUGAUGAGCAAUCGUCAUGUAUCCGUGACACGGUGGGGCACAUCUUGGUGUUUGAUCAAUUCUACUUCAUGCAAAGCCCGGCUCGAACCGAUCUUACGAUUAUCUUUUAUACUUUUGCUCCUGCUCCUGAACGGUGUCAUCGCACGAUGUCACUCGGCAUGGUGUGCUCGGGAGAGCGCCACACCGUCAUCUACAAUCUGGCCACGACAUAAAUAAGUUAAUCGUGUUAAUGAUUCAAAAAUACAAAAAAUUGCGUAUUUAUUAUAUUACAACUAAUAAAAGAAUAAAUGAAAUAGAUAGAUACAUUGUAGAAAAUGUUCUCUAUAUGUAUGUCUGUUGAAAUGAAAUGUGCGUGAUAUAUUUUAUGAUCAUGUGCCCUUGUCCUGUUGCACCAUCGUCAGGUCUGUGCGACCGCUGCGAAUAUCACGCGCAAACGCCGCGCCCACGCCGCGCCCACGCCGCGCCCACGCCGCGUCGGCCAGAUCGUCGAUGGGUUAUAACUUAAUGCUUUUAUACCGAAUUAAUGUCUCAAAUGUCUUGUUAUAUUUUAUAUUGUAAAAUGUUAAAUAUGCUUUUUAUAAUUUAUAAAUGAAGGAGUCAAUAAAAUAAAGUAAAACAUAAUUAUACUUGGCGAGCGAGUAGGAGAGCGCCGCCGCCGCGCCCCGAGCUGUGCCGAGCUGUGCCGAGCGGCGUGGCGGCGUGGCGCGUGCGGCGGGGCGGCGGGGCGGCGUGCUCGGACUCCGAUCUCGCAUUUCUUUACAUUCCAGAGAUACUUAAUGUAUUGACUAUUACAAAUAAAAGAUUGAGUAUUUUAAAAAUAUAAUCUUUAUUUUGUACGUUACCCUAACUACAAUAUCGAGUCGUCGAGUGAGUAGGGCUUCAGACUCUGGUCGGCAGGGGCGCGAGCUUCCAUCGCUCGACACACGCUCAUACACACACACACACGCACACGCACGCAAACACACGCACACGCACAACAUAUAGAGUUUACAUAGAGUUCGUUUAUACAAAGUUUGUAUGAGGAAAACAUAAAUAUUUUUUAAUAAAAUUAUUAACAAAUCCGUGACAUAGUAGUAGUAGUAGUAGUAGUAGCCUUUUGAUGAAUUAAGAAUGAAGGUGUAGUGCAAGCCGGAAGCUGGAGCCGCUUACUGUGUGACGACUGUGUCACGUCGCUGUAUGAUCUGUGGACGACAGACGCGACAGACGCGACACCGCUGCUACCUAACCUCACAACUCUAUUAAUGUAUUCAUAACUAAACUUAUAAUCAAAUAUCUAUUCAUUUUACAAUAAACUUGCACUUCGUGUCGUAUGUUAAACAAUUACGUACAUACAGUAUCUGAGAGGGGCGCUGUUGACGCUGUAAGUUUUGUCAGAAAAUAUGGAUUUUAUGGUUAACAUACUUAGGCGAACAAAGUAACGCACAAGAGUCCAUAAAAGCACUGGUUACACACUUUUGUCAUCUACAAGGGGACGCCUGUCACUUAAGGUUCAGUUUACCCACCGGGCUAGAAAAGUCCGUCG